CCUUGGAAAUGACUGGCCUUGCCAAAAGGCGUCGUACUGCUCAGCAAAUCCUCCUGCGACGAGCCCUAGCCAAAAGUGUUAGCGGGGGGCAGGUUUUAGGUGAAUCAGUGCUGGACCAUGGUGGUGUUGUGGUAUCUUCCCCUUUAAGAAGAGAUUCCACAUUGGUCAGCGGAUUCCAGGAUAUAUCCUCGUCGAGAGCAACAAUGAAACUGCACAGGAUUGUGGCAUCCAGUCCGCUUAGCGUUCUUCGGGAGAGGAAGACGACAGGAAAUCUGCCAGGAUGUGACCUCCAAUCGAGGGACUCAAGGCCAAUUGAGGACAACCGAACUUUAAGUGGUCACAGCUUGAAAGCCAGAGAACUUUCCAGGGGCAGCACUCGGUCGCGACAUAGUACCAGCAAUUACCCAUCCACCUGGCACCUUAAUAUCAGCAAAGCCAAAGACGAACUGAAGAGAAAUUCCAAAGGAUCUCUGGAGGAAAUUAUCAAUUGUUCGAUUCUCAAUCGCACCGCCUAUGAUCAUCAACUUAAUACACCCAUAAAGUCAGAUAAUUCCUGUCAGUGCACAAUUAAAAAGAGGACUAGAAAACGGGUAAAGAAAAACAAAGCCGUUUCUGUGGCCGAAACCCAGACAAUCAGCGAAAAUGAAACAUGGAAUUACUCUGGGGAAAGGAAUUCUCCAGCUUCGGUUGGAUUUCAGAUAUUGAAGAAGAGGGUCAACAGUGGCGAGGAUUUUACACCAAAUCGAAUGGUUUCCAAAACACCAUCAAGAAGUAGUGGCAACUCAAGGGUUUCAUUUGGGUGUAAAGAACACUUUUCAGGACCAACUCACAAGAACUACGGCAGCUAUAGUCACUCGGAAACGGACAUUGAAAUGGGGUCUGAGUACGAACCAAAGAUACCGUGCCGAUGUGAUUAUAUAAACAAAAUAGAGAAGGUAAGCAAACCCCCUACAAAUUCUGGGACCGUGUGGGGCCUUAAAAUGCCCAGCAAUACGGAAGUCCAGGAAUAUAUGACCAGGGUAACUCAAGAAUACGUACCAGUGUGCCAAAACAAAGAUAUGGAUCCAGAUAGGGGGAUUCAAGGAAGGACUUCCAAUUCCCAAUUUGAAAAAAGGAAGGAAAAGAUCGACCAAUCAAUACGUUUGAAGGCAAAGGAAAGGAUAUUGAAAUGUCAGGGCCGGAAUAACUCAGAAGUCUCUUACGAUUCUUUUAUUGAGCCACUAAAGGAAUUUUACGGAAGAAAUAAAUUACCUACACAAGCCAGCCUUUCGCUUGAAAAAUUUGGUCAUCGCAAUAAUAAUGUGGAAAGUGGAGAGAGGUUGGGUAAAUGUGGAACUCAAAAUGUAUAUCAAGACGACGUUAAAACGUAUGGAAAAAAUGCUCCGCAUUUGUAUAAAACUACAACCAAUGAAUAUCCGUACUAUGAUCACAAAGAAUACUUGGCGAAUGAUUCGGAUACUUCAAGAAAAAGGCACGAGACACGUGCCAAUUACAAUCAAAUGGAUAAAAGGUCCUGUAGACCAGAAGCCCCAGGACGAUCUAAACGAGCUUCUCGAAGUUUUGAUACUGAAGACUCAUUCCGUGGUUCCUUUGAAAAGGGAAGUGGAAGAUAUGAUGACACGCACAGUCCUAAAUGCACUGUGGGUGUCACUCAGACAUCUGCUCUGUUUUUACCCAGGCAACAAGUUCGAGGAUUUAAUCCAGAGCAACCAAGAUCAGAAAGAUCCAAAACAGGAACACGAAAUCUUGAGUCCAGUAAGGCACAGCAACCAACGCCAACUGGCUUAAGUUUAGUAACAUCAAAUUCGCUUAUAAUUAAAUCACACGAAGAUCAAAUCCAAUCAAAUUCUGUAGACCUUAAAAAGCGAGAAAGGCAACGAAAUCAGGAUUGUUUUGAACCAGCAAAACCGGAUAAGUCCCAACAACCUCGUCUCGCUAAAAGAGAGGCUGUUAAACCACGUAAUCAAGUUCAGUGUAAACCACAAAAAGCAGAAGCUAAAAGUUUUAAACUUUUGCAAUCCAAUUCUCUUAUAAUUCAAUCUCAGGAAGACCAACACCAUCUAGUACAAUCCAGCUCAUUAGAAAUUGCAUUGCCCAAAGUGACUGCUCCGAAAAAUAAGAAGCCAAUUUGCACGAGAAAACGAAAAAGUAGUAGAGGUUGCAGUUGUUGCAGUAGAUGUAGUUCUCGAAAAAGAUCUGUGAAGAAACCUUCACCAUGCGAAAAAACAAAAAGCAAUGUAUGUGAAAAAUGCCAAUCCAAAAGAUCGAUUGCAAAGAAUCAAGAUGGAAAACACAAGUCAAUGAGUAAAGAACAAAUCCCAAAACGAGGUCUGCCCCAAGGCGACGCUUGUGACGUGAGGGAACUUUUAAAUAUUCUCCAAAAAACUGUGGCAGGUCUCGAAAAGCAAAUAAAUUCUAGGAAAGGAUUCAGAAUGUGUGAAAAUUCAAAGACUACAGAUGAAGGCCGUACUCAACCCUAUACUUACCAGCGGGAAAAUGUCCAUAUAAAAAGAGAAGCAUUUCGUCAGCCAAUUAAUCCUUUCCAAAAUCAAUACUCCUUCAAGACUUAUAGUAAACGAGCUUCCAACUGUGGAAACCCAUCGAACAUUUAUCAAUCUAAUUCAAAUACAUAUUUUACAGGCUCCUGUCCUUUAAAAAGCAACGCAAUUAAUGGAGGGGCACCUCAGGCCUCCUUUACUAAUGGUUCCGCCCCUUAUGAACCAUUUAAAAUUAAUAUAGCAUCUAGACAAACAGAUUAUGAUUACCCAAUGGAAAUAUGCGAACGAAAAAGUCAACCAUAUCGAACCCAGAAACCCUUUAACGAACCUACAACGCUUGUAACCGGCAGUCAAGGAAAAACCAGUUACCCAAGGGCGGAUUAUAAGAAUCAAAGCAUAAAUGAAAGUUUUAAUAGAUCAUGUUUGAACUCCCAGUGCAGUAGAAAUAUUACCCAGGUACAGAAUUAUCAACAGAAUGUUUCGACAGGCCACCCAAAAACGGAUUCACAUUAUAGCCAGAUUUCAAAAACAACAUCAAAUGCAGAAAGACAAGCUCCCAAGGAAAUAUUCAAGGGUCACCAAUAUUGUCCUGGUCCAGAACAUGGACAGAGAAAUAGGGGAUUAACCUUUCAGGACCACAAUAAUAUAUGUCCAGAAACUGAUGCAGUUAAUGAAGGAAGUGGUGAUCCUGUACAAAUAUGUAAUAAUUCAACUUGCCCAUAUGCUUUAGAAUACUUUAAAUCAUGGAACAGUCAGGUUCACCCCAACUCGAACAGAGUUGAUCAAACGGAAAUCGCACAAAAAUACAAUCCUGAAUGUCCUGAUGCGCAAACGGGAAGAAAAUAUGGGAUUGCGCAUAAUUCAGAAAUAUGCAAACAACCCGAGCAUUGCCCAUAUGAAAACAAUCGAGGAGUUGUAACUUUUCAAGUCAGCGAUCAAUCCUGUGGCGGUGAACAUACUCUUAAUAGAAUCAUAAACUAUGAAGAUCCUACACAAGCAUGCGAUAAUCCCUCUUGUCCAGAAGCCGGUCGAUUGCCCAGUUCGUGGGAAAAUCCAGUUUGCCCGAAAGACAAUAGUGCUAUAUAUUAUUCAAAGGAAAAUAACCAACCAGAGGGCAACCCAGAUUGUGGCUUUAACGAAACUUUUCCAAAGGCUGGCCCCGAUUAUAAUUACGAAGACUUUUGCGGAAAUCCAUAUUGUUCGGCAAAGAAUACAAUUAUAUAUGAUACAGCUAGAUCUGAACCGGGCGAAGGUUGUCAGAAAUCCAAAGAUCCCUCGUUGGACUACGCAAAUGAACCUGAAAGAUAUUUGAACAGAAACUCCCAAAAGCAUCAGACCGAUAAAGCUGUGAAUCAACAAGUUUGUUCUAAUCAUGCUAGGAGCCAAAGGACUAGACAUUAUUUCCAAACUGCGGGGUGCUCACCAAAUUGCCCUUCCAAUCAAGGUGAAAUAAGACACGGAGGUCCACGCUUUACGGUAGUGAAUAGACACAGAAGAGAUAAAAUGGUACAAGGACAUGGAACCAGAAACGACAACGAUUAUGUUUUAUUCGCAGAUGAAAAAAGUACCGAAAUACAACGAACGAAUAGGGAACCGGACAAUUUCGAGAAUUAUUCACAGAUGUUCCCGUCCAGAAGAACCCAACUAGAGCAAUACCCACAGCACGAAGUUGAAGAAAAUUCCUGCAUUGAAGAUUGUCCUUAUCAAAAGUAUUCUCCCAAUCAAAAUAUUAAAAAGAACAAAUUGGAUACAACGUGCGCCAAUUCGAGCUGUCCUGAUAAUUUAAAACGUAAAGCAGGUUCGAACAAAGAUAUCCACCCUCCACAAAAUAGAAUAAUAUCCCGGACUGGCAAUGUUGAAAAAGGCACAAAAGAGCCUAAUUAUAAGAAUUCAGAGUACACUGAUAAAAAAAAUAUAAAAAAAGACAUAAAUACAUAUCCAACAAACGCCAAAGUAUGCAGUUCGGAAAAUAAGUGCGGAAAGGAGUUUUGUAAAAGUACAAGAGAAAUGAAUAGGACACGGAAUGAAAGUGGAUAUAGGGAUAGUAAGUCGCGUAAUAUCAGUUCUGCAGGACGAUCAUCUCAAACAAAAAAAAAAACUAAGGAAGCGGGAAAAUCUGCAUUUCCAGAAUACGAAUUUGAGGAACAUUCAGGGUUAUAUGCUGAGAAUUGUUAUAAUCCUCAAAAUCACACUGCUUAUAAUUUUCAAGUCUGUAAGAAUCCGAAAUGUCCAGAAAGAUUUGGAGAGCCUUUCCUCCUCAAGUAUGGAGAGAUGGAAUAUAUGAAAGAGGUGUCCGGUAAUGCACAUUGUCCUAAUUAUCAUGGUACUUAUAGAAUUCCAAAAGAAUGUGAAGCUACCAUCAAUAACUCACGAAAAGUGACUUCUGAAAGGGAAACAGCAUAUAGUGAACGAAAAGCAACCGGGCAAACAAAUUUUCAAAGGAAAGAUGACGAUAUGGAGAUAAAGACAAAAAAUGGCAGACAGUUAAACACUAAAAGCUGUAAUCACCGGCUAAAAGCUAAUGCAAUUGAAGUAUGUAAUAAUCAAAAAUUUCCAGACAGACUAAAACAAACAGAUGGUAACUGCCAUUGUCCAAGGAAAAAGGGUAUUUAUUGGACAAAUGAAAAGAUGUUAGUGUCACGGGUAAAGGAUCAGUGUGAUGUAAGCUACGAUUCGGAGUCAUGUUCUGAAGAUUGUCCCUACCGUCAUCGAGUUCUCUUCACCGAUCUUCGUAAAUGCGAAAUUAAUUCCAAGAAUAGAGGUCGUCAAAGUAGUGGAAAAUCAGAUGUUUACUAUAAUGAUCAGAUUGAAACUAGAACCUGCAAUCCAUGCAAGUUUUUUGUCCCUCUUAAAAUGGAUCGACAGGUACUCCAUAGACACCGCAAUUUACCUAAGGCUAAAGCAAAACAAAUGCACGAAUCCAAAGCAAAUCCGGUAGUAAGAACUGUCUGCAUUACUCCUGAAGUACCUGCACCAGUUUUUGCCCAGAACAGACAUAACCCCUUAGUCACAGAUCCCAGUUUAAACAGCUACGAUAGGCAUAUUUUGAAAAAUUUCGAAAUAUUCAAAGAGGAAGAGAACAAGAAAUCUCGAAACUGUGCCGAAGAGUACCCAUUCCUAGGUAAAAUUGAAGACAAAUCCCUUAUAUUGAAAUCUUCCUCUGCUUGCAUAUGCGAAAUAGAAUCCCAAAAUCACGACCCUUUAAAGAAUUGCAAAAGUGACGAAUUAAUAGAAGACAUAGAUACGAAAAGAAAAUCAUCGAAAUUCUCCAUAUUUAGUUGUUGCUUGAAACCACCGAAAAAUGAUAAUGAAUCAAGGACUCAGCAGGACACAGAAAUUGGAAAUGAAAAAGCUCUAUCCAAACCGAAAGGAUUUAGAUCUAAGAACCCCCACGAAAAUCCGAAACCUAAAGAAAAAACUCCUUCAAAAUCUAGUUCCACUAAUAAAAAGGACAGAACUCCAUCAGAAGAGCAGAGUGCUUCAAAAUCAAGGCGACUUGCAUGUUUUCAACGAAAUGAAAAACCGCAGGAGAGGUUCAACCAAAGAGCAAGAAAAUCCCCUUCACCAACAAAAUCAGGCGGGUUUCUCUGUUUCAAAGCAAACAACAAACUGCCGCCGGAUGAAAACUUGGAAGAGAACUCGCCAAGGUAUACUAAUGAAAAACCAGCCAAAGCUAGAAAUGAAAAAAAUAUUACAAAAGAAAGCAGUAAAAAGUCCUCGAGGCGUAGCGGAUUUUUCACUUGGUGUAGAAAACCCCAAAUGCCAAAGGUUCAUGACAGAAAAAUAAAGGAAGUGCUUACGGGUACAGACUGUACUUGUAGUCACCAUCCAACUUCCCAUGAUGAAGACGGUCCAAUUCCGAAAUAUGAAGAUCCCUUCCGCUGUCCAUGCGCCCCCGAAGAAAUUGACGACGGCGAGGUUAGAGUCCUAUAUGACUCCAGUUUCCGGUUCCAGAAAGAAAAUUGCAGCUUGACAAAAGUCCCGAACUACACAUAUUGCCAUAACGAUCCUCAAAAACCAGAACAGUACGCGGCGGAGAUCAAGGAGCAGGAGGUCAAUUACUGUCCAUGUGCCAGUGCCAAUGGGUUCUACAAAAUUGUGCGGUAGAUAUGAUUGAGCGUUUCUUCGAAAACAUGUAGAUUUUCGAGAAAAUUCCCAAUCAUAAUUACUCAAAGUGGGCAACUUGAGACUAGUACCAAAUUUAUAAUAUUAUUUGAAUAAAAAGUUGAAUGAAAAAGUACAUGUUUUAAUCUCUAUUACGUUGUAGCAAUAAGGCAGAUCUAAAAAUCAGCUUGACCCACAUAUAUAUAACAUUUAAAAAAACACAUUAAGUAAGUUUACAUUCCGUUUUUUAAUAAGCUUAUUUGUUACAUUAAUGAUCAGUUCUUCAGUAUUUAACCGUAAAAACCGCCGAAACCACCAAAUUCUUGUUGCUGCUGGCCAAAGUUUCCAUUUCCGGCGAAACUUUCCUGCUGCUGCUGUCCAAAGUUUCCAUUUCCGCCAAAACUCUCCUGCUGCUGCUGCUGUCCGAAGGAACCGAAACCACCAAAACCUGGUCCAAAGCCGCCCUGCUGUUGUUGCUGCUCAAGCCCGCCUCCAAAUCCACCGAAUCCAAACUGGGGACGCGCCGAGGCUAUGGCAAACAGAGCAACCAGACAGAAAAU